AUGGACGCCUCAGCCACCGGAGCCGGAGCGAAGGGGAAGAAGGGCGCGGCCGGGCGCAAGGCCGGCGGGCCCAGGAAGAAGUCGGUGACGAGGUCCGUCAAGGCCGGGCUCCAGUUCCCCGUCGGCCGCAUCGGGCGGUACCUCAAGAACGGCCGGUACGCGAAGCGCGUCGGCACGGGCGCCCCCGUCUACCUCGCGGCCGUCCUCGAGUACCUGGCCGCGGAGCUGCUGGAGCUCGCCGGGAACGCCGCCAAGGACAACAAGAAGUCCCGCAUCGUGCCCAGGCACCUGCUGCUGGCCGUGAGGAACGACCAGGAGCUCGGCAGGCUGCUGGCCGGCGUCACCAUCGCGCACGGCGGCGUGCUGCCCAACAUCAACCCCGUGCUGCUCCCCAAGAAGACGGCGGAGAAGGAGCCCAAGUCGCCCAAGAAGACCGCCAAGUCCCCAAGAAGGCCGACAAGAAGGCUUAGAGACAGACGAGCAUCGAUUAGCUUAUGCUUCGCUGUAACAGUGAUCGCUGUUUUACUAAUGGUGUCGAUGUAG